GCUUUCUUUCAGAUGCGCUUAGAGCGCACAAGAGUUCAGAUCAAGGGGAGGAGAAGAGUUAGCGGGUUGGUUUAUUAUAGGUUUUAGUAGUGAAUUACUACGCACGUUGAGUGAUAACAAACGUGGUUCGCUUUGGAAAGCGCCAUCGGACACGUUCCGGUCACCCCUCGGUGCAAGGAAGAGGGGUCUUGGUGGCGUUUCAGAGCUCUGGUUGAAAAGCGGCGUGCCGAGGGGAGGACGCGUCUCUUUGAAUAGACAGGAUGCACGGACCGCCUUCCAGCGACAGCGCAUGCCCACUGCGCCUCAUCAAGAGAGUUCAGUUCGGCAUCAUCAGCCCUGAUGAGCUUAAACGGAUGUCCGUCACAGAAGGGGGAAUCAAGUACCCCGAGACCACAGAGGGAGGACGGCCCAAGCUGGGUGGGCUCAUGGACCCUCGGCAGGGCGUGAUCGAGAGGUCGGGGAGAUGUCAGACUUGUGCAGGGAACAUGACUGAAUGCCCUGGUCACUUCGGUCACAUCGAGCUGGCCAAGCCCGUCUUUCACGUAGGCUUCAUCACGAAGAUCAUGAAGGUCCUCCGCUGUGUGUGUUUCUUUUGCUCCAAGCUGCUGGUUGAUGCGAACAACCCAAAGAUCAAAGACAUCCUGGGCAAGUCGAAAGGCCAGCCUCGAAAGCGCCUGAUGCACGUGUAUGACCUGUGCAAAGGUAAAAACAUCUGCGAAGGCGGAGAGGAGAUGGACAACAAGUUCGGAGUUGAGCAGCAGGAGAAUGACGAAGAUCUCACGAAAGAAAAGGGUCACGGCGGAUGCGGACGCUACCAGCCUCGUAUCCGGCGCUCGGGCCUGGAGCUGUACGCCGAGUGGAAGCACGUGAACGAAGACUCUCAGGAGAAGAAGAUCCUCCUCAGCCCCGAACGCGUACACGAGAUCUUUAAACGCAUCUCGGACGAGGAGGAUCUCAUCCUGGGGAUGGAUCCCAAGUACGCACGACCCGAGUGGAUGAUCGUCACGGUGCUGCCCGUACCACCGCUUGCAGUCAGACCGGCUGUGGUCAUGCAGGGCUCGGCCCGGAACCAGGAUGAUUUGACUCACAAGCUAGCAGACAUCGUGAAAAUCAAUAACCAGCUGCGGCGGAACGAGCAGAGCGGCGCUGCGGCUCACGUUAUAGCUGAAGACGUGAAGCUCCUGCAGUUCCACGUGGCCACCAUGGUGGACAACGAACUGCCGGGUCUGCCCCGAGCGAUGCAAAAAUCUGGUCGUCCGCUCAAAUCCAUCAAGCAGAGGCUGAAGGGGAAGGAAGGCCGUGUGCGAGGAAACCUGAUGGGAAAGCGUGUGGACUUCUCCGCCCGAACGGUCAUCACACCCGACCCCAACUUGCAGAUCGACCAGGUGGGCGUGCCCCGAUCCAUCGCCGCUAACAUGACCUUCCCUGAGAUCGUCACUCCGUUCAACAUCGACAGAUUGCAGGAGCUCGUUCGGAGAGGAAACAGUCAGUAUCCCGGAGCCAAAUACAUCAUCCGUGAUAACGGCGACCGGAUCGACCUCCGGUUCCACCCGAAACCGAGCGACCUUCACCUUCAGAUCGGCUAUAAGGUGGAGCGGCACAUGUGCGACGGUGACAUUGUCAUCUUUAACAGACAGCCCACCUUGCACAAGAUGUCUAUGAUGGGCCACAGGGUUCGAAUCCUGCCAUGGUCUACUUUUCGACUCAAUCUCAGUGUAACGACUCCCUAUAACGCAGACUUCGACGGAGACGAGAUGAACCUGCAUCUGCCCCAGUCCCUCGAGACCCGUGCCGAGAUCCAGGAGCUUGCCAUGGUACCGCGUAUGAUCGUCACACCGCAGUCCAACAGACCCGUCAUGGGUAUCGUGCAGGACACGCUUACAGCCGUGCGCAAGUUUACCAAAAGAGACGUCUUCUUAGAGAGGGGUGAAGUUAUGAACCUACUGAUGUUCCUGUCCUCCUGGGACGGCAAAGUGCCCCAGCCUGCCAUCUUGAAGCCACGCCCGCUGUGGACCGGCAAACAGAUCUUCAGCUUGAUCAUUCCCGGCCACAUCAACGUGAUCCGUACGCACAGCACGCAUCCGGACGACGAGGACAGCGGCCCGUAUAAGCACAUCUCUCCUGGAGACACAAAGGUGAUCGUGGAGAACGGAGAGCUGAUCAUGGGGAUCCUGUGUAAGAAGUCCCUCGGUACGUCUGCCGGUUCUCUUGUCCACAUCUCCUACCUGGAAAUGGGUCAUGACAUCACCCGUCUUUUCUACUCCAACAUUCAGACUGUCGUCAACAACUGGCUGCUCAUCGAGGGUCACUCAAUCGGCAUCGGUGAUUCUAUCGCUGACGCGAAGACGUAUCUUGACAUCCAGAACACGAUCAAGAAGGCCAAGCAGGAUGUGAUAGAGGUCAUCGAAAAGGCUCACAACAACGAACUGGAGCCAACUCCAGGUAACACUCUGAGACAGACCUUUGAAAAUCAGGUCAACCGUAUCCUGAACGACGCUCGAGACAAGACUGGAUCUUCUGCUCAGAAGUCGCUGUCGGAGUACAACAAUUUCAAAUCCAUGGUGGUGGCCGGGUCUAAGGGCUCCAAAAUUAACAUCUCACAGGUUAUUGCUGUGGUGGGCCAGCAGAACGUUGAGGGUAAACGAAUCCCUUUUGGCUUCAAGCACCGCACUCUUCCUCACUUCAUAAAGGACGACUACGGUCCUGAGAGCAGGGGGUUUGUGGAGAACUCGUACCUCGCCGGUCUGACACCUACAGAGUUCUUUUUCCACGCCAUGGGAGGUAGAGAGGGUCUGAUCGAUACAGCCGUCAAAACAGCUGAGACAGGUUAUAUCCAGCGUCGUCUGAUCAAAUCUAUGGAGUCUGUAAUGGUGAAAUACGACGCCACUGUGAGGAACUCCAUUAACCAGGUGGUGCAGCUGCGAUACGGAGAGGACGGCCUGGCUGGAGAGGCUGUCGAGUUCCAGAACAUGGCUACGCUUAAACCAUCCCAUAAAGCAUUUGAGAAGAAGUUCAAGUUCGACUACGCUAACGAGCGAGCUCUCCGGCGCACGCUGCAGGAGGACGUGUUGAAGGAAGUGAUGACCAAUGCGCACGUGCAGAGCUCUCUGGAGAAGGAGUUUGAGAAAAUGAAGGAGGACAGAGAGGUCUUGAGGGCCAUUUUCCCUACUGGAGACAGCAAGGUAGUGCUGCCGUGCAAUCUUGCAAGAAUGAUCUGGAACGCGCAAAAGAUUUUCCGUAUCAACCCGCGAACUCCGACCGAUCUCAACCCUUUAAGAGUAGUGGAAGGCGUGCAAGAACUGAGCAAGAAGCUGGUGAUCGUGAACGGGGACGAUCCCUUGAGCAAGCAGGCCCAGCAGAACGCCACGCUGCUCCUCAACAUCCACCUUCGCUCCACCCUCUGUUCCAGACGCAUGACGGAGGAGUUUCGACUCAGCUCUGAGGCCUUCGAAUGGCUCCUGGGAGAGAUCGAGACGAAGUUCAACCAGUCGAUUGUUCACCCAGGUGAGAUGGUGGGUGCUCUGGCUGCUCAGUCUCUGGGUGAGCCGGCCACUCAGAUGACCCUGAACACCUUCCACUACGCUGGAGUGUCCGCUAAGAACGUCACCCUGGGUGUGCCUCGUCUAAAAGAGCUGAUCAACAUCUCCAAGCGUCCCAAAACUCCGUCUCUGACAGUGUUCCUGUUGGGCCAGGCGGCCCGCGACGCAGAGCGCGCCAAAGACAUCCUGUGUCGCCUGGAGCACACGACGCUGCGCAAGGUCACGGCCAACACGGCUAUCUACUACGACCCCAACCCUCAGAGCACGGUAGUGUCCGAGGACCAGGAGUGGGUGAACGUUUACUACGAGAUGCCCGACUUCGACGUGACCCGUAUUUCUCCUUGGCUUCUGCGUAUUGAGUUGGACAGGAAACACAUGACUGACCGCAAGCUCUCCAUGGAGCAGAUCGCAGAGAAGAUUAAUGCAGGUUUUGGUGACGAUCUGAACUGCAUCUUCAACGACGAUAACGCUGAAAAGCUGGUGCUGCGUAUCCGAAUCAUGAACAGCGAUGAGAACAAGUUCCAGGAGGACGAGGAGGUGGUGGACAAGAUGGACGAUGACGUGUUUCUGCGGUGCAUUGAGUCCAACAUGCUGACAGACAUGACCCUACAAGGCAUCGAGCAGAUCAGCAAGGUCUACAUGCAUCUCCCUCAAACAGAGAACAAAAAGAAGACCAUAAUAACGGAGGAGGGAGAAUUUAAAGCGCUACAGGAAUGGAUCCUCGAGACGGACGGCGUCAGUCUCAUGAGAGUCCUCAGUGAGAAGGACGUCGACCCAGUCAGGACCACUUCCAACGAUAUCGUGGAGAUUUUCACUGUCCUGGGGAUCGAGGCAGUGCGUAAGGCUCUGGAAAGAGAGUUGUAUCACGUCAUCUCUUUUGACGGUUCCUACGUGAACUAUCGCCAUCUUGCCCUCCUGUGCGACACCAUGACCUGCAGAGGUCACCUCAUGGCCAUCACCCGUCACGGCAUCAACAGACAGGACACCGGCCCGCUCAUGAAGUGCUCUUUUGAAGAGACGGUGGAUGUCUUGAUGGAAGCCUCGUCUCACGGAGAAUGCGAUCCCAUGAAGGGCGUGUCUGAAAACAUCAUGCUCGGACAGCUGGCUCCUGCAGGCACCGGCUGCUUCGACCUGCUCCUGGAUGCCGAAAAAUGCAAAUACGGCAUGGAGAUUCCCACCAACAUUCCUGGAAUCAGCGUAGCCGGACCAACCGGAAUGUUCUUUGGCUCCGCCCCCAGCCCUAUGAGUGGCAUGUCUCCAUCCAUGACGCCCUGGAACACUGGGGCCACCCCGGCGUACGGCUCAUGGUCUCCCAGCGUCGGAAGUGGAAUGACUCCCGGAGCUGCCGGGUUUUCACCCAGUGUCGCCUCCGAUGCUAGCGGCUUCUCUCCGGGGUACUCGCCUGCCUGGUCUCCUACACCCGGCUCACCUGGGUCUCCUGGUCCUGCCAGUCCUUACAUUCCCUCUCCAGGUGGCGCCAUGUCUCCUAACUAUUCCCCCACGUCUCCGGCGUACGAGCCGCGCUCCCCUGGAGGCUACACCCCCCAAAGCCCCGGCUACUCCCCCACAUCCCCAUCGUACUCUCCCACCUCUCCUUCCUACUCUCCCACCAGCCCCAACUACAGUCCCACAUCUCCAUCUUAUUCCCCAACCUCUCCGUCCUACUCUCCAACUUCUCCGUCUUAUUCCCCGACCUCCCCAAGCUAUUCACCCACGUCGCCCUCGUACUCCCCGACGUCCCCGUCGUAUUCGCCCACCUCUCCAUCUUUCCCGACAUCUCCUUCGUAUUCCCCGACGUCGCCCUCUUACUCCCCGACGUCCCCCAGUUACAGCCCCACCUCUCCGUCGUACUCGCCCACCUCUCCAUCCUACUCGCCCAUCCCGUCGUACUCCCCAACCUCUCCUUCGUAUUCUCCAACGUCGCCUCGUUCCCCGACCUCUCCCAGUUACAGCCCGACCUCACCCAAUUACACGCCCACUUCGCCCAGCUACUCGCCCACGUCUCCGUCUUACAGCCCCACCUCGCCUUCGUACUCUCCCACGUCUCCCAAUUACACACCCACCAGUCCCAACUUCCCCACAUCGCCAUCAUACUCCCCACCUCUCCAUCAUACUCCCGUCAAGCCCUCGUUACACCCCCAAUCCCCUACGUACACCCCGAGCUCACCCUCUUACAGCCCGAGUCCCGUCUUACUCCCCACUUCUCCAAAAUACACCCCCACCUCUCCAUCAUACAGCCCCAGCUCUCCGGAAUAUACCCCAACCUCACCCAAAUACUCUCCUACUUCACCCAAGUACUCGCCUACUUCUCCCAAAUACAGCCCCACGUCCCCGACCUACUCGCCCACCACGCCCAAAUACAGCCCUACGUCUCCCACGUACUCUCCUACGUCUCCUACCUACACCCCGACCAGCCCGAAGUACUCGCCCACUUCUCCUACGUACUCGCCGACGUCUCCGAAAUAUUCCCCCACGUCUCCGACGUACUCGCCUACUAGUCCCAAAGGCUCGACUUACAGCCCGACCUCGCCGGGGUACAGUCCAACGUCUCCGACCUACAGCCCGGCCAUCAGCCCCGACGACAGCGACGAGGAAAACAACUGAAGCGCGCGCUGCCGGCCCGAUCGGACUCUCGGUCACGACGCCGCCUCGUCCCUUUUCGAAAAAGAUGUCGCGGCUGGACGUCGCCGUCCUCGAUUCGAGUGACGGGGAAACUACGAAACUCCGGGGUCCUACGUGUGAAAUAAACUUUCAGAUAUUUCUCGCAUCGUUUCCGCAAACAGGCUCUAAUUACUAUGAUAUUGUCAUAGGUGUGAACUGUAGAAGCUCUCAGCUUUUUGACUGUUUUGAAUGAGAGAGGGGUUUCGAGGUGUUUUUAUAGAGAGAUAUAAAUGAAAACCCAGCCCUUUUUUUUAUUUAGGCAUCUCUAAUUCAGUGUUAAGCAUAAUGGAAAUUUGAGAGCAUAUUUAUUGUUUUUUUUUUUGCCAAAAGCCUUUAGAAAGCAAAUAGUGGAUCAUAUCUACUGCAGAUGGAACUGGAAACAAAAAACCCUGAAAAAUGUACUGAAAUCUAACCUUGACAUUUUUUUUUUUUUUUUCCCCCCCUCCCCUUCUUGCUUUGUAUAUAUGCUGCACUCAGUUUGUUUCUCUGUGCAUAUGGAAAGAACUGUAACUCUAAUGAGUGUUUAGAGCCAGAUUAGAUUUUUUUCCAUUUCUUUUUUUCUCUCUCGGAUAAAAUCUAUUGGUUCAGAUCUGGAUUCAGAUGUAUAGUCUGACCAGAGGGUCGUAUGCUGGUCUUAGCGUAUUAGAAAGCGAUGUAGUGACCUGCCCUGUUAAGGGCUUAUCUACCAUCCUUCCUAUUAUUAUUAUUAUUAUUAUUAUUAUUAUUGUUAUAAUUUGUAGUUAAUAUUUCACCAGCAUCAUGUUCCAUUUUCAAACAACCACAAAGUGAGGUUAUAGCCAGCAAUAGCUUCCCUCUAACUAGAGGAAUGUGAAAAAUUUCCCCCCCCCUUUUUUUUUUUUGUUAACAGGAUGAUGAGGAAGGCAAGUAUGUUUUUUUUUCUUUUUCUCUCUCCCUUUCAAAUGUUCCCAAAAUCCUUAUCCGUCCCUGUAAAAAUAUUCCCCCGCACUUGACUUCCUUUCUACUUAAUGUUAUUUAAAUUAUAUAAAAAAAACUCCCAGUACGUUACUGAAGGGAAAUUUAAUCAGUUUUCUUUUUGUCUGCUUUAGUGAAAUUCUUUCAGCUCAAUUCUUUUUAACCGCAGCGUUCUUGCCCAGCCCCGUGCAGUUUGUUUGUGUGACCAGCAGGAGGCGGCAGAGCGAAUUUUGUAUUCUUGUAAACUGAUCAUUUUAAAACGUCUCCACUAGCAAGCGUUCUUGCUCGUCAUUUCUGAGUUCUCAACGCAGUCCUUCUCUCUGUAAAUCCAAACGUAACGUUCUGAUCAGUUAAUCAGUGUUUAUACUUUUUGUUUUUUUUCUUCCCCAAUCCUUUUUUUUUUUUUAUAAAUGUCUUUUCCUAAGGGAAUGAGAGGGCGGGUGAAAAUUACUGUACAAUACUGGAAACGUAUAUGCAGAUCAUUUUGUGUAUAAACAGGUGGAACCAGGGUUCAUGAGAAGCCUUCACCUUGCUCUGUAGAUGUCAGUCAUGGUGGCUUUGUGCGAGCAUUGUGCGUUCUAAAAGCCUCGGAGCAGGUCCGUCAGCUCGUCAAAGACUCUGCCCUAGAUUGCCUUCAACAAUGUUUUCUUAAAUUUCCAGUCACUUACGUGCCCAGGCUCCUGUGUGUGUGUGUGUGUGUGUGUGUGUGUGUGUGUGUGUGUGUGUGUGUGUGUGUGUGUGUGAGAGAAAGAGGAUGUUUGAGUGUGUGAGUAAAUUGAGACAGGGUUUCUUUCAGCUGGGCCGGGUUUGCAAAAAGGGGGUAAUAAAGCAAGAUUUAAACUUAAAUUGCCACUGUAUAGAAGAGGUCUUCUCUAAUUCUCUGUAUCUAUUUGUUUGUUUUUGACUUGAUGACAAAACAAUAAAAAAAUGUUUGCCUAUAAA